UAUUACAAGAACACCCUACAGAUCCUCUUGCCAGAAAGGUGCAGAUUUCUGAUUUGAAGACCAUCUCUGGAACAUCCAUUUCUAAAAAUGGCAGCUAAUAACUUUAGUCAAACUUGGUUCGUGAUCAAUGAUGCCACAUCUAUAAAUCAAGACACUGAAUUUCAAGUUCAGCAGAUGCAGCUGUUUCAUGAUAGCUGGAAGAUUGCUUUCUUUCUUAUUUUGCUGCUUUUUGUUCUUACUGUAAUUAGCCUGGUUUUAUUAGCAUUUCUUCACGAGCUGCUUCUUUGCUGCUUUUGUACAAAGAGCAAAAGUUUAGAAAUUCUGGACAAUGAACCCCAUGCUGCAAGAAUUGUGAUGAAUACUAUGAAAAGACAUAAAAUUGAAAUGGUAUAG